AGUCCUAUUUUUUUGGCUAUAAAUUCAAACAAGAGAUGAGCCCAAAUGUGCACCUUUCCUUUCAGAGAGCUCUUCAAAAGAAGAUUUUGCCUCACAGAAGUCAGGAAACUUGAUCCAGCAGAAUCUUCACUCCAUCAACUCUGCCUCCAGAAGAUCCAGCAGCCUGUACCUCAUCAUGGCUCCUCAGUCUCUCCUGCUGUCCCUCCUGCUUCUCUGGUCUCUCUUCAGCACUAUAUGCUGCAGUCCCAUGUGUAACAACCAGUGCUGUCGUUUCGUGGAGGAAUUUCCUGUCCGGCUAAAGAAGCUCAGAGAGGACUACUCCCAGAUCAGAGACUUCUAUGAAGCAAACGAUGACUUGGACACAGCGCUGCUAGACCAGAGCGUCGAGGACUCUUUUAAAAGCCCAUUUGCCUGCCACACCAUGAACAGCAUCCUUGACUUUUACCUGAGCAAGGUGCUGCCGACAGCCAUGGCCGGAGUGACCGAGGACACCAAGGACUUAAAGCCUCCCAUUGAGUCAAUUCAGCUCAUCUUCGACCAGCUAAAGAGUGAUGUCAUCAAAUGUAGAAAUUACUUUUCCUGCAAGAAACAGUUUGACAUCGAAAACCUAAACUCUACUUACACUCAGAUGAAUAGUAAAGGUCCUUAUAAAGCCAUGGGGGAGCUGGAUCUGCUGUUCAACUACAUUGAAACCAUCUGGCUUCUAAACGGCACAGAAACAGACAAGCCACCGUUUAAAGAACUGCUGACCCAUAUCUUGCUGUAAACUUGACAGCCAUUGACCCCUGCCUUUUUUUAAUUCAAUGUAAUACAUUAUUUACAGAGACGCUGGUUUUCUUGUUGGCUGCUAAACUUCUGCGUUUGUCUUGAGGAGAAGUUUCCGUUUUAUGACCAUAUUGAGUCUCACAUUAUAUCAAGUUAAGAACAAUACUGUCUCUUUUGAAAUUGUGAUAUUUAUUUUUAUAUAUAAAAUGUAUUUUUGUAUUUAUUUUAGAUUGUUUCGCAUUGCAGUAGAAUAAAUGACUUGUUGACAAUG